AUGUCUGCUGAAGUCUCCACAUGUAUUAUGAAACCAGAGGCUUACGUUGGCCAACAGGGAGGCAACGGAGAAAAAGAAAAUGGCUUAGAGGUGCAGCCGAAGAAGGAUGUUUACUGUCAAUUCGUGCAAAGCUUUGAGAAGGCUUUGACUACCGUUACUUCCACUAGUCACCUUGAUGGCGGUGAAGAACUGGUCAAUGGCUUGAAAAUGCGGGAGAAGCAAGAUGUCUAUGUUGACUUUGUGGAAAAUUUUGAGAAUGCUCUGACUACAGUAACUGCUACCGUGAGCAAUGUCAUCAAAAUUGGAACAGAAGGAAGCAACGAGACGAAAUCGAAGUUGAAAUCGUUCACUUUGGAAGGGAUAGCUGAUUAUAUUAAAACAGAACAUCCAUGUAACGUAAUUGUUAUGAGUGGCGCUGGCAUCUCUACCUCUGCCGGUAUUCCUGAUCUUAGGAGUCCAGGAAUUGGUUUAUACGAUAAUCUGCAAAAAUACAACCUUCCCGAUCAACAAGCAGUUUUUGAUCCAGCAUUUUUCCAAGACAAUCCUGAACCUUUUUUCAGUUUUUGCAGACAGCUAUUUCCCAAAUAUAAAAAGGUAAGGCUUCGUCAUUUUUUUUUGAGAUGAAU